AUGGACGUGCUGGAGCAGGCGAAACACGCAGUGGGCCUUGGGGCAGGCGCAGAAGAUCCUACGGCCAGCCACAUUCUGAGCUUCCCGGUGCAUACCCAGGACGAUGCGGUGUGCGCCCAAGCUUGUUGCCCGAUGAUUGACCGCCAAGUGCUUCCGAUUCCUUACCCGAGUUUCCUGAGUACUGCGGUGGUCGGCAGGUCUGAGUGGGAGCAGCUUGUGGGCGCUAUUGCAGAUGGCAUCAAUACUGCAUGGAGUGUUUUUCGAUGUUCGAGCCUCAUGUCAGCGUAUGGUGUGAUCUGGCUGAUUGGCCGGUUAAUCUGCAUCAUGGGCCCAGUCAAGAAGAAGGUGCAGGAGUUCAAAGACAAGUACGAGGAGCAAUUGGCCUGGCAAAUCAGAUUAGAUUGGCAAAUGCGCCGAUUUCUGUUCCACCCAGCAGUCGUAGACGAGAGCAGCUUCAACCCUCCCAUCGUGAAAGAAGACGAGAUCGCCCCGGAUCUUGAAGCCCAGAAGGACGCUGAGCCAGCCCCCAUUCUGGUAGUUGGAGUGAUCAGCAAACCUGACCAGAUCGCUAUGGACAGCCAUACGAACACCCCGGCCCCGGAGAAGCAGGACGAGGUCGAAGCAGACGACACCAACGAAGCGAAUCAAACGAACGAAGGCAAUGCGACCAAUGAGUACAGCAACGUCUCUGAAGUCAUCACCCGCAUUUGA